AUGCCUGCAAUCACACAACCAUAUGAAGUCUUACUCGACUUCACAAACGACACGCAUGACUGCGCAACGAUCCAGUUACUGCGGGAUUAUGACCGGAAUACUAGCGCAGUUGUUCUGCUACACCCGGGAGAAAGCCUCACCCUGGUCCUCGAGGCAGGUUCCAUGUACAAAUAUGCUCUCAAAUCACAUUCCAAGGUUGCCAACGUGAGUGCACGAAGCUGGCGAGACAUUCAGUGCGAAAUAUCGCAUCUAUUUGCUGCUAGCCCACCGUCAUGGGCUUCUUUACGUGGGUCUACGGGUUCACCCGCCAGCGGCGUCACCGUUGACCGAGUAUGGCGGGAUUAUCGGUUCAAUGUUUGGAAUGAUGCUUCUUACCUCCGUGCUAACCAGUGA